UCCUAACUAGCUCGAGACACAGAUUCGAGCGGGAGUCUUUACGGGCAUGCGCACGUCUGCACAGGCGGAAGUGAUGUGUUCUGCGUAGGCGGAAGUACUGCUGUGUAUGCGGAUGUGAUGGCGGAUUGUCUACCUGUAGCAACUCGACGCGUUUGAUGAAGCUGAGUGCAGUGACGUCAGGAUGUUGGAGUCAUACGUGUCUCCUCUCUUGAUGAGUUAUGUGAACCGCUACAUAAAGAAUCUGAAGCCGUCAGAUCUGCAGUUGUCAUUAUGGGGCGGAGAUGUUGUGCUGAGCAAACUGGACCUGAGACUGGACGUGCUGGAGCAGGAACUCAAGCUGCCAUUCACGUUUCUGAGCGGACACAUCCACGAGCUGCGCAUCCACGUGCCCUGGACCAAACUGAGCUCCGAACCCGUCGUCAUCACCAUCAACACGAUGGAGUGCAUCCUGAAACUGCGGGACGGAGCUACGGAUGAUAAUGAAAGUUGUACGUCCAGCUCGACCAAUCGCAGUGUGUCUGAGAGCUCUAAGAGUGCGUCUAAACCUCGGCGGUUGCAGCAGGCCCCCAGCGACCCUGACCUGCCCCCAGGAUACGUCCAGAGUCUGAUUCGUCGAGUGGUGAAUAAUGUAAAUAUUGUGGUGAAUAAUCUGAUUCUGAAGUAUGUGGAGGAUGAUAUUGUUCUGUCAGUGAACAUCACGUCUGCAGAAUGCUACACCGUGGACGAUCUGUGGGAUCGAGCGUUCAUGGACGUCAUCUCUCCUGAACUGGUCCUGAGGAAGGUGAUCAACUUUUCCGACUGUACGGUGUGUUUGGACAAGCGGAACGCCAGUGGGAAGAUCGAGUUCUAUCAGGAUCCUCUGCUGUACAAAUGUUCCUUCAGAACACGUCUUCACUUCACCUACGACAACAUCAAUGCCAAAAUCCCUGCGUUUAUUAAAAUUCACACGCUGGUGGAGAGUUUGAAGUUGUCUCUCACGGAUCAGCAGUUACCCAUGUUCAUUCGCCUCAUGGCGCUGGGUGUGGCGCUGUAUUAUGGCGAGAUGGGCGUCCAUCGAGACGGCGAGAGAGGAGAACAGCUCGCCCGAGAGAGCCUCCCUGGACAUUACACAUACCCACAUGAUGACAUCACCUCUCCCGCAGAUGUGAUGGUGGAGGGUUCAGAAGCGUCUCUGGCGGGUCAGUACUUUCAGGGUGAGGAUGAGGAUCAGGGCUGGGUGUCGUGGGCGUGGUCGUUCGUCCCGGCCAUCGUGAGCGCAGAAGAGGAGGAGGGCGAGGGGGGUCUGGGGAGAAUCUCAGGAUGGCGGCGCUUCGACCCCUGCAGCAAUCUCACAGAGACCCCGUCGUGUCCGUCCGGCUUCUACUGCACUAAAGCAUCCGUCACUUUUAAGUUGACCGAGAGUUGUUCGGAGAGCAGUUACUACAGUCCUCAGAAGCUGAAGUCUCGUGAGGUGUUGUGUGUGGAGCAGGAGGGCAUCACAGUGGAGGCUCUGAUGAUGGGAGAGCCAUUCUUCGACUGUCAGGUGGGAGUCGUGGGUUGUCGUGCCGUCUGUCUGAAGGGCAUCAUGGGAGUUCGAGACUUUGAAGAGAAUAUGAACAGAAGAGAGGAGGACGCAGUGUUUUUCCGUUGUGGAGACACUCUGAGUGUGAAGGGAAUGACGUACCUCACGAACUCUCUGUUCGACUACCGCAGUCCUGAGAACAACGGCGUCAGAGCCGAAUUUAUACUGGAGACAAACCUGCACAAGGAGACGUACACUGAGACUGCAGGUGUGCAGCGUUACGGCGCAUUCUACAUGGAUUAUCUGUACACUAUGGAGAACAGCGGCAGUCGAGUGUGUACGGGACCGCAGGAGUUCUCAGCGCUGCAGAAAGACGAGCCGCCGCUGCAGCGGGAGUCAUCAGUGAAGAGGAUUGUGAUUGGUCCGUUAGACGUGCAGCUCCACAGCAGUGCCGUUCACCGCAUCCUCAAGAUGAUCGCGUGCACGCUGGACCACGAGUAUCACCCCUACAGCAAACCACAGCAGCCCGAUGUUGUGGAGGAGUGUGCAGGUGUGACUCUAGAGCAGGUUGCAGCUCUGGAGGAAUUCAUUCCCACCCGUCAGACGAGCGUCACGCUGAUGCGAGCGACAGUCACGAUUCCUGCAGCCGAAUACAACAUCCUGCACCUCAUCCUGCCCGUCAUACUGGGACACAAGGUCUCGACUGCACAGACGUCUGCGCCACAGUUUCAGCUCUUGCGUCCUCUGCCUGCGCUGCAGCUGCAGUUUGAGCGCGUCACGUUUGAACAUUCUGUGCCCAUGUAUGAAGAGGAAGUGACCCGCACCGCCUGCAGCAUGAACAAACCCUCAGAUACACUGCUGCACCACUGCUACACACACUGCUAUAUGAAGGUGUUUGAGUUUGCGGUGGGUCUGACUGUAAUCGGCUCUGAGGGGGGAUUCCUGCCGCUCAUUCCCAUAAUUCCCUCCUUCAGUACCGCUCUGUAUGGAAAGCAGCUCCACAUGCCGGCGUACUGGUCGAGGAAGUGUUCAGUGGCGGUGAGUGAGUGUGUGUUCGAGCUGCCGCAGGUGUGUGUUCAAAUGACUCGUGCGCAGGUGCAGCUGUUGCAGUGUAUAUUUCACAGCUGGACACACAGUGUGGGGGGCGGAGCCUGCAGCAUCAUCAGUGACACGCUCAUUAACCACGCCUACAAAACUACAGGUGUGAAGUCGGCGUGUUCUGCUCCCGUGUUGGAGGUGUGUGUUCAGCGUGUGGAGCUGAAGGUGUGUGUGCGUCCGGCGCUCUGGUGUGUGUCAGGAACUCUUGGUGCUGUUAAAGUGUGUGCCAGAACUCCAGGUGAGAGACACAAGGAUGAGCUGGUUCCGCUAGUUCAGGGUCCGUCUGACACCACAGAUCUCCACACGAGUCGUUGGUUGAUUGGGAGUCGUGAACCGGUGCCGCUGCUCUCUCCUGAUCUCCUGCAGAUCUCACUGCAGCUCCCGCGAGCAGGAACAGACGCCAACCCCGGUGCGGUGUUGUUGGUCAGUGUUCAGGGAAUGGCUGUGAAUGUGGAUCCGGUUCUGUUCUCCUGGCUUCUGUUUCACCCGCAGAGAACCACCAGCAGCAACAGACAGACACAACCGGUUUCCAUGGUGAUGAAGAAGAGGAGGGAGGAUGAAGCCUCUGUUGGCAGCACACCACUAACCAAACCAACCAGCAACCCAUCAGACUACACCAGCAGUCCAGUGAAGACUAAAACUGUCACAGAGUCGAGGCCUCUCUCUGCUCCAGUAAAGGUUUUUCCAUCAUCUGAAGAAAGUCAUUUGAGUCAAGAAGAACGAAUGAAGAACCUGAUAACACACACCUGGAACGCCGUCAAACGCCUCACACUACAGGUGGAGCUGCAGUCGUGCUGCGUGUUUGUGCCGUUGGACUCUCUGCCGUCUCCGAGCACGCUGCUGUGUGGCGAUAUCCCGGGCACGGUGCGCAGCUGGUAUCACAGUCAGGCGUGUAUGCCGGGUACGCUGGUGCUGUGUCUGCCGCAGAUCAGCGUUCUGAGCGCUGGACACCGACACAUGGAGCCGCUGCAGGACAUUCCCUUCACUGUCCCCAGACCAGUGCUGGAGGAGGGUGAUGCGUUCCCGUGGACGGUGUGUGUGAGUCAGUUGAGUGUGUACUCUCUUCUGGGACAGCAGCGUUCUCUGAGUGUGUUAGAUCCUGUAGGCUGCACCUCCACGCUGGCGCUCACCGCCCCAAAACUGCAGCCGGACACUAAACAGGCCUUCAUCAUGUGUUUACAUGUAGAUCUGCAGCCGGUACAUCUGAAGUGCUCCAACCCACAGGUGCAGCUGCUGUAUGGAUUAUGGUGUAGAUGGAGUCAGAUUCUCAGUGUUUUUGAACGGAUGCAGAGCAGAGGAAGUCACAGACAGUCAUCAGGGUUCACAGACUCCACAGCGCCACCUGCAGGACCGUCCUCACCUGUCCAGAGCAGUGUGGGCACCGUCCCACCCGACACCAGCACCUACAGCCCCUCAGCUGACCUGGGCUCUCCUACAGAGGGUGAAUCAGUGCACACCGAGGAGCCAGUUGUGUGCGAGUCUAUGACUCUAGAACAAAAGACGUGCAGUUUCAGCGGUGCGAGUGGAAAGUUCAGUGUUUGGAUGCAGUGGAUGCUGCCUAAACUCACUUUGAAACUCUUCUCAACUGACCACACCUCCAAAAACAACGAGCUGUGUGUAAUUGCAGAGCUGGAGGAUCUGAGUGCAUCAGUGGACGUUCAGGACGUUUAUACGAAGGUGAAAUGUAAAAUGGGCAGUUUCCACAUAGACCACUACAGACACAGUGCUGCAGAGCGCUAUCCUCGAGCCGGUGCGUGUGCUGGGGUCGUGCUCUCUUGCACUGAUAAGCUGAACAGACGCACCGUUCUUCUGCGGCCGCUCGGCAAACCGGACACUCACAGCCAUUUCAGCUUCUUUCCUCCUACGGCGGCCAAGGCUCUGGAAGUGUCUCACCAGCAGCACGGCUUCCUGACGGUGACCUACACGCAGGCUGUGACCCGGAACGUCCGGCACAAGCUGACGGCGCGUCAGGAGCGUGCGCCGCCGGCUCAGCGCCUGUGUGAGGAAGAGGCGGACGGCUCGCCGCAGUACCUGCACGAGAUCCUGCUCACGGCGCAACCCUUCGACCUCGUCCUCUCCUGCCCCCUGCUGGUCACGGUGGCACGCGUGUUCCACAUCACCCCGCCCCCUCACCUACGGCACCCAGUCAGAGAGCGGCACUCUGCGGGACAGCCAAUGAGAGGCCACGCACUGUCGUCCAGCAGCCUGCCGCUCAUCUAUGUCAACACCAGCGUGAUUCGUGUGUUCUGCCCCCUGGAGGAUGCGCACAGCAGCACACAUCCACAGCUGAAGGACAGGAAGGAAGACACGGUUGUGUUGAAGAUCGGAUCAGUGAGUGUCGCUCCACAGGCUGAUAAUCCGCUGCCGCGCUCCGUUCUGCGCAAAGACAUCUACCAACGGGCGUUAAAUCUGGGAGUGUUGCGUGACCCGGGGUCAGAGGUCGAAGAUCGUCAGUAUCAGAUCGACCUUCAGAGCAUAAACAUGGGUACAGCUCACUGGGACGACCUGCGACCUGAACGUGAGGGGUCAGUGGGCGGAGCUCCAUUAGAAGUGGAGAGAAGCUCCCAGAAUCCUGCGCUGGAGUGGAACAUGGCCAGCAGUAUUCGCAGACAGCAGGAGAAGCGGGUGAUUCUGUCUCCCAUCAUCACAGAUUUCUCUGUUCGUGUGACUGCAGCUCCUGCUGUGAUCUACAGGAAACCCCUCAUCCCCGAGCACACACCCACAGAGGAAGUGGUGGUGUGCGGUCACAGUUUGGAGCUGAAUGUGACGUCCAGUCUGGAGCUGUUUCUCAGCGUGUCUCAGGUGCAGUUACUGCAGCAACUCCUGCACGCUAAUGUGGGACUGACGACCACCAACAAGACACCUGCAGAGGUGUGUGGUCAGCAGGCGCAGGCCGCUGUGGUCUCUGGUUCGAGCUCCGUGGAGAGUUUGUGUGGCAGUGGUGCCCCCUGCGGGCAGGAUAGUGGCUUUGGCAGUGACAGUGCCCGUCUGCGGAUCAUUCAGAUCGAGCGCCAGAGCGGCACGGGUCACCACCGCCUCGCCCGGCCGUCGCAGCAGCCCACCAUCACCAAGAACCUGAGCUUCAUCCCCUUCGAUGUGUUCCUCACGGCCGGCCGCAUCUCUCUCAUGACAUAUGCCACCACACCCACCAUCAAACCACCUGCCGAUGCCACCCUGCCGCCAGGAAAGGGCAUGCUUGAUGUGCCGGAGGGUGAGGCGGGUAACGCAUCUGAAGGGAGUCUGUCAUCCCUCACGGCAGAUGAUCUGCUCAACGCAAACACCAGUGGCAGGCCGACAGGGCUCCUGGACGGUGUGUGUGCACCCGUGCGGGCGUCGGCGAGACAGGCUCUGGGCGUGACGGUGGUGAGACAGCCGGGCCGCAGAGGAGACAAAGACUGCAGCCUGCAGCCGCUGAUGUUCCUGCAGCUCACGCAGCCGUCUGCGCUCAUCAACUGCCAUCAUCGCAGACAGAAACUGGAGCUGUCGCUGUUUGACCUCACGCUCAGAGGAGUUGCAACUGAUUACAAGAGUCUCGAUGCAGGUAAAUCUCUGCCCGAGUCGUUGGAUUACAGUGUGUAUUGGCUGCAGACAGUAGCUGGAGAGGCAGACAGUCGGACGGGCAUCCCUCCUCCUCUCCUGUCUGUCGUCAUCAGAGACUUCCUCAGUGGACCAGAGUUGUGUGUGGACAUCAGUCGGCCAUUGAGGGUCAGUCCCACGCUGGCGAAGAUUGAACAGGCCAAAAGCUUCUGGAGGAGAAUCUUUCCUGAUGGCGACCCACAGCCUCGAACACCUGCUGGCUCUGCCCACAGCCGCGACAGCCAUGCCCCGCUGCAGACCGUCGUUCCCUUCCACAAGAUCAUGCUGCGUACAGUGCAGAUGGUGGUCGCUAUGGAGAUGGAGUCGCACGCCACGCGGCCCAGUCUGAUGCUGUCUGUGUCGGGCAUGACGGGCGCGCUGACCCUGAAGACUGCCACGAAGCCCGCAGAUGGUUUUAAGGAGGUCUGUGUGUCGGUUCAGUGUGAGGACGUGUUGUUGCGGACGGGUCUGAAGGACAGGACUGUGGUGUUUGUGGGUCCCUUCUCCUGCAGUGCAGAUCUGGAAGCGUAUUGGUGCAGACACAGCGGAAGCUCCGCCCCCAACGCACCCGACCCACCAAGAGUGUUGAUUGACCUGAAGGGAGGAUUGCUACAGGUGUUUUGGGGGCAGCAGCAGUUUAAUUGUUUGACUGAGAUUCAGGAGCAUCUGAAGAACUACUGGAGUCACAUGACCAUAGUGGAGGCAGAGUCUAAAGAGAAACCCCUCCCUUCUAAGCCACCGCCCACCCCUCGUCCUGCCCAAUCAGAGCACUCCUCUGAUGACCUGCGCACAGGCCUGUUCCAGUACAUCCAGGACUCGGCAUGUCAGAAGUUGCCGUCAGCUCAUGAGGUGGUGUUCUGGAAGGAAACGGAUGACUCUCCGGGCAUCAUGUUGUGGCGGUAUCCAGAACCGCGUGUCAUCACGUUUCUCCGAAUCACACCUGUUCCGUUCAACACCACAGAUGACCCGGACAUCAGUACGGCUGACCUCGGAGACGUCCUGCAGGUUCCGUGUAGUCUGGAGUAUUGGGACGAGCUGCAGCGAGCGUUUGUUCCCUAUCGAGAGUUCAGCCUAUCAGAGAGCAGCGUUUGUGAGCUGACCCUGCCCACCCUGACCCCCAACACACACCAGACUGACCUUGUGACCUCUGACCUGUGGAGAGUUGUGCUCAGCAGCAACAGUGAUGGCGGAGAUGAGAGUUCGGACAGUGAGUCGGGUUCUCAGGUGCCGUGUGAUCAGCUGGUGUGUCCGACCGCUCUGGCCGCCUGCACGCGAGUGGACUCGUGUUUUGCGCCGUGGUUCGUGCCAUCGGUGGGCGUGUCCAUACGACUGGUGUGUGUGGAGCUGCGAUUUUGUCACAACCUGGAUCAGCACAGCACAGUGCCGUGCCAGAAGCUCCGCCCCUUCCUCCCGGACAGGAAGUGUCCUCAUGACCAGGAGUUUGCGGUGGUGUGUGUGCGACCGUGUGUGUUUGUGCGUCAGUGGAGUGACGUGUAUCAGUGCUGUCACGAGUUGAACUUUUCGUCGACGCUGAGCACGACACUGCUGGAGUACAGAAACCUGACGCAACUGAACAUCAUUCAACCCGUCAGCCUGCAGGGAAACGCUACACACACAUGUGCGCUCACACACGCACAACACACACUCCACUGUAACAUCACACUGCAGCCGCUGAAGGUCACAGUGGGACAGUACGCCAUACACACACUGGACAGAGCACUGCACGCAUGGAGACAGAACGGUGUGUUGGACGCUGAAGAGGUCAUUUUCACCCAUUUCAUCAUCUGUAACGACACACAGGAAGUGCUGCGCUUCGGUCAGGUGGACACAGAUGAAAACAUCCUGUUACACAGUAACCAGAGUCACCAGUACAGCUGGAGAACCCACAAAUCACCUCAGCUGCUGCACAUCUGUAUGGAGGGGUGGGGUAACUGGCGGUGGGCGGAGCCUUUCAGUGUCGAUGAUGUCGGGACUCUACUGCGAACAAUCCAACAUAAAGGACAGACGGCGUCUCUCAUCAUCAAAGUCAAACAACUCAACGGAGUCCAGAAACAAGUGAUCAUCUGCGGUCGACAGGUGUUGUGCAGUUUUCUCAGUCAGUCCAUCGAGCUGCGAGUCGUUCAUCACUGCAGCGGUCAGGACAGUCAGCUGAUGCAGCAUGAGCGCGUGACGCGCCUCGAGCCCGACAGUAAACUGCCGUCAUUAGUGCUGGAGGACGCAGAACUCACUGACGUGUGUGUGCGAGCGUGUGGAGACGAGGAAUGGUCUCGGGACGUGUGUUUGAAACAUGAUGAUAAAAGCAGCAACAGCUGCGUGCUGCAGGUUCCGUGCUCUGAUGGAUCACUGCUGCAUGUUUGGUGCACAGUAAUACUGCUGGACUCAAACACACACCUGCAGCAAAGAUUGGUUGUGUUCAGUCCUCUGUUCAUCAUGUGGAGUCAUCUGCCUGACCCGGUUCUGGUUCAUGUGGAGAAGAGGAGUUUGGGUCACAGAGAGACGCAGCUCAUUGACGGUCGUGGACACCAGGUGGCGCUACUGAACGUUGAAGCAGAUGUGACACACCACCUCACGUUUCAGGCCAGCGAAGAAGAGGAGGCGUGUGACUGUGCGGUUCCGGUCUCCACUGCUGUUAUCAGACAGAUCAUCAACAAAGCGACUCCAGAACUCAAACAGAACCAGAACACUGUUCUAGAACAUUUCUACGGAGAGAAGACGACCAGCAUGCCACACUGGCCCUACACCAGCACACACAGGUGUGCGGUGGAGUCGGUGGCUCAGUGGGACAGUCCGAUGCAGGUGCGUUUGAGCGCGUGGCGAUCCGGUCUCAACACGCUGUUGGUGGAGCUGUUGCCGUGGGCGAUACUGGUGAAUCGUUCACACUGGGAUGUGUGGCUGUUUGAAGCUGAGAGCAUCAUCGCACAGAUACCGGCCGGAAAAACCAUCAUACCACCAAACUUCAAGGACGCAUUUCAGAUUGGCAUUUAUUGGCCGCACACUAACACCGUGCACAAGUCUCCUGCCGUCCGAUUGGUCCAUGAGGUGUCGUCGCCGCGGUGGCCGGAGGGGGGCGGAGCCGAUGUACUGAUGCUGGAUGAAGAGGGAUACAUACACACUGACAUCAUACUCGGAACGCUGCCUGGAAAACUGAAGCUGUGUCAGUUGUGUAUGUCAUCUUCAGUGACAUACGGGAUUCAGGUUUUACAGAUUGUGGAUAAAACCGUUCUGAUGAACAACACAACAAACAUCAUCAGAUACAAAGCUGUGAUUCAACAACACACAAACAUCACACCUGACCAGGUGUAUGAGGUCUCUGAAUCGUCAGUGUUCACUCUGGGUCCUGCGGGUGAGGCUGGUGAUCAGGUGUGCUGUUCAGUGGCAUGCUGGGAUGUCCCGUGUGACGGUCAGUCAUCAGAUCUGGACGUGAUGCUGUCAUCGAAGCAGCUGCUGUUGAGCUGUGAGGGUCAAAGGUCACAGUGGAGUCUCCCUGCCCUCGUGCGAGCUGAUCUUCCCCGUCAGAGUGUUUCUGUUCCCGUGGAUCCUGACGACAAACACCCCUUCAACACGAGGGCUCUGGUUGUGACCUGUCAGGAUCAUUCCGGCAUCAUGUAUGUGACAGUGAGUGAAGAUCUGUGUCCACGAAUGCUGAUACACAACCGCUGCCCCAUGAACCUCUUACUGAAGGAGAACAUCAGAGAGUGUGUGAGGAGUGAGGUGUUCUGCAGGUUGUUGCCUUCUCUCUCAUCUGUUCAUCAUGAGCUUUAUUAUCAUGCCUCAAACUUCCCCGAGUGUAAACAGAAAGAGAUGCUGCCCACCCUGCUGCUGCGCACUGUACCUGACACACCCACCAGCCCCACAGACACGCCCACUGACCUCAUGACCACGCCCACUGCACUGAGCUGGACUGACGCUAUAGAUAUCAACAACCCUGGAACACAGGUCGUGUUUUUGCCUGGAUUCGGCUGUUUGUACGUUGAUGUGUUUCACCAGAGCGGCACCAUCACGAUCACACUCGCCCCAGAGAGCAGCGCAGAAGAGAUGAUCACACAACACGGGCUAUCCAAUCACAUGCUGUCAUUCAGGAUUCUCUUGAAUGAGGCGAGUGUGGCGCUCUGUGAUGACAUCACCAGUCCGUGCAGUUCAGUGGAGCUGCUGCGGCUCACUGUGUCUAAACUGCUGCUGCAGCUGCCGUCCUGCGACCCGUCGUCAUGUGACACGGCUGCACCGCCCGUUCACACACUGCAGGUUUACUGCGGCCGUCUGCAGCUCGACAAUCAGCUGUACAACCGUGCCAGCUUCCACUUCCCCGUGAUCGUGUGCGCGGAGCCGCAGAUGGACGCUGGAGAAUCUGACCUCACACUCGUGCCGCAACACCUGCAGCGGUUCUACGACGCGUGUUUCCUGUCACUCAUGGUCACAAUCUCCCGUGAUGGCCGGCUCGACCAACUCAAGUUCCGCAUCAAACCUGCACGCGUGUAUCUGGAGGACACGUUCAUUUAUUACUUGAAAACACUAUUUCACACCUACAUCCCAGAAUGCACUCUGAGUGAGGACAGCGGGCGGAGCCACAGUGUGGGGGCGGAGCUAAGCGUUCCGGCAGAGGUUGUGUACUCCACACAUGCUCUGGUGCAGCCGCUGCAGCUGCAGAAGUUGCUGAUUGAACCCGUUGACCUGCUGGUCAGCAUCCACGCAUCACUCAAACUGUACAUCGCAUCCGAUCACACGCCGCUGUCGUUCUCGCUGUUUGAACGCGGCCCCAUCUGCACCACACCACGACAGCUCGUGCACACGCUCGCCAUGCAUUACGCCGCCGGCGCGCUCUUCAGGGCGGGUUGGGUUGUCGGCUCUCUGGAGAUUCUCGGCAGUCCGGCGAGUCUCGUGCGCAGCAUCGGUAAUGGAGUGUCAGAUUUCUUCCGGUUGCCGUACGAGGGUUUGACUCGCGGGCCAGGUGCAUUCAUCAGCGGCGUCUCCAGAGGAACAAAUUCCUUCAUUAAACACAUUUCUAAAGGGACUCUGACGUCCAUCACGAAUCUUGCGACGAGUCUGGCGCGUAACAUGGACCGUCUGUCACUGGAUGACGAGCAUUACAUGAGACAGGAGGAGUGGAGGAGACAUCUGCCUGAGACUGUGGGAGACGGACUGAGACAAGGACUGUCCCGACUGGGCAUCAGUCUGCUGGGAGCGAUCGCAGGUAUCGUUGAUCAGCCGAUGCAGACGUUCACACGGACCAGUGUGCAGUCAAACUCUGCGAGCAGCACGGCACGCGGCGUCAUCUCUGGUGUGGGGAAAGGCAUUGUGGGAGUUUUCACCAAACCAAUCGGAGGAGCCGCUGAGCUCGUGUCACAGACGGGAUACGGGCUCCUUCACGGCGCUGGACUCUGGCAGCUUCCCAAACAACUUCAUUUGCCAACAGAUCAGAGAUCAGCUGAUGCUUCUAACAGCCACGUCAAAUACAUCUGGAAGAUGCUUCAGUCUCUGGGUCGAGCGGAGCUUCAUAUGGCUCUAGAUGUGUGUAUGGUGAGCGGGUCGGGUCAGGAACACUCCGGCUGUCUGCUGCUCAGUUCGGAGGUUCUGUUCGUCGUCAGUGUGUGUGAAGAUGCGCAGCAGCAGGCGUUUCCCAUCACUGAGAUCCAGUGUGAACACGACACACACACACCUGGACGCAUCACACUCACACUGCAGCAAUACAGAGUGACUGCAGACACUGAGGCCGACGGGUCUCGUGAGCGUCUGUCAGAAUUGCAGUACAGUCGUCUGGUGGAUUUUGUAACCGGAGCAUCUCAGUAUUUGUCUCCGUCUCAGUCGUCUCUCCAUCAGCAGCCGCACGUCACACCCGCUGAACCGCCGCCCACCAUCUCCAAAACAUACCAGUACCAAGCAGACCCAGCCUUCGCACGCGUGUUCGUCUGCAAGUUUAACAUGGUGAAAAAUAAAGCCCUGCGGAUCGGCUUCCACUGACGGCAGUGUGUGAUAUAUAAUCUGCAGAUAAUUCAUAACGCAGAGCUCGUCUGUGAUUGGCUGUCUGUGUAAAAGAUGCUUUAAACCAAAAGAAGCCUUUCAUUUUGUAUUUUUAUACACAAUGCAAGAAAGAUGAUUCAGUGUUUUUAUUUUCCUGUGGUUUAAUAAGAAGUGCUUAAAAUGAAAAAGCUAUAAAAUAUGAUAUCACAUGUUUUGUGUGAGUUUCUUUCAGUGUUUGGUCAUGAAGGGACUCCAGCGUGUGUUUCUGCAGCGCUGCUGAUGAUCACCUGCACAGACAUUCAUAUUAAUCUGAGAUGAUGUUUAUGAACAUUAGAGAUGUAUCAGUAACACUACUCCAAUAAACAGCAAGAUGAAAAAAUAUUGUUCAUUAAUUCAUGACAGCGUUUACUGACAGAAAUAAACGAUCCAUCUCAUAUUCAUGAUUAUAAAUGUUCACACAAACUGAUUAAAGAGG